AUGUCGACCAAGCCCCAACCUCAAGUUUCCAACAACAGCUCGUGCGUGUUGUAUUUGGGCGCUAUUCCAUAUAACUGGGAUGUUGAAAUCAUCAAGUCUGUUGUCUGUGGAUCGGGUCCUGUUGUUGAUGUUCGUUGUAUGAUGGACAACGCUUCGAAAAACAAGGGAUUUUGUUUCGUUGAGUACGCCACCCCAGACGCCGCUACUCGGGCUCUGCAGAUCUUGUCGAAAAUCAAGAUCGAGGGCCGCAAAAAACUGAGGAUCGAACUCUCUAAAGAGGGACUCAGAAACCCUGUUCCGGGACAAAAGCCAGAGCUCCAGCUCUCCCGGAAUUUCCUUCCUUCUAAUGUGAUUUUACCGCAAGAGAUGCUGACUGCCAACCCAAAUCUGCCGCCUCAGUACAACACUUACCAGCAACCUGUUCCGUCUUCUGGUGCCUCGUCCUCCUCCUCUGCCUCGACUCCUUCCGCCUCGGCUAAUAAUCCGUUUGGAAGCAGAUUUGCAGGCCAGAACAGCGACAUGUUGGCCACCAUUUCUUCGAACCCGCAACUCCAGCAAAUGGUGAGCCAAAUGAUCUCCAACGGAAUGGACAUGACUCAGAUCGGAAACGUUGUCCAGCAGUUCAACAGACAACAAUCAGGCUCCGGAUCCCAGUCUAACGGAUCUUCGCAAUUUAUGCCUACCAACCUGUCGAUGGCAUCCCAAUUCCUGCCUCUUCCGCAACAGUCUCAGCAGCCGAUCUACGCCAAGGACAAGGUUUCUGAAAUCCUGGCUACUAUUCCACCCGGAAUUUUGAUCGAACUGUUGGCGAAAUUGAAACUCAUCGUGUCUGGACCUUCGCCAAACUACACCGAGGCUGCCCAGAUCUUGCACUCCAACCCAAAGUUGGCCGUGGCUGCUGCACAGUCCUUGCUACUGAUGGGUGUGGUUGAUCUCGACGUGAUCAACCAAUCGAUGUCUGCCCAACCGCAGGCCGGUACUGCUGCUGCCGCUGCUACUCCAGCAGCGCCAUCACAGGCUUCUGUGCCUGCGCGCGAGCCGGUUGCCAUGCCGGCUACGUUUUCUCCGUUCAACCCCACCUCGCACCAGUCCACUCCAUCUCCUGUGUCCACUCAGCAAGCUCCUGCAACCACUCCGUCUCCUAUCAAUCCGGAGAAAAUCAACCCGGAUUGGCUUGGUUUACCUCGCGAGACCAUUAACAAAUUAAUGCAUAUUAACGAGCAGGAGGCCAGUUUGAUUGUCCAGGUUUUGAAGCUGACUCCGCAGCAAAUCGACAUUUUGCCCGAUAAUGAGCGUGUCAUGGCCAACCAGAUCAGAGCUCAAUACUUAUAG